CUUCUGUCUCUGAUAAUCUUUUCUUCGGCCAAUAACAGCCGGUGAAGGUUUCUGUAAUCUUCGAUUCCUGCGUUGUUUUUGAUUGUAGAUUAAAAUCAUGACUUAUACAUCUCACCUACUGAGUCAAUCCAAGAAGUUGAGGAUUGCUCCAAAUAUACUCCAAACUGACUCUACCAUUCUGGUCCGUUGGUUCUCAAAAGCUGCUUGCCCCUCCAUCAAUAAAGGAGAUGAUAUUAUUAGGAGUUGUCAACAUGGUUCUUUGCCUGGAAAGAAGGAUGAGACUUUCUACUCUUCCAUUGGUGGCACUCCAAGUACAAUCAACAGGUUAAACUACAGUUGUGUAACAGAGUGUCCUGACUUCUCCAUGUCAUGUGCUGUAGGGGGAUUUAAGGGAACAAUUUCAGGAACAAUGAGAAUGGGCGUUGCUGUGGCAGGAUCAAUUUUCAACCAAGGCUUCUCAGGUCCACAAGCAUGCCAGCAAAGAGGUUUUUCAGCAGGUUCAGAGCUUCCUCCACACCAAGAAAUUGGAAUGCCUUCUCUCUCUCCUACAAUGACAGAGGGUAACAUUGCACGAUGGCUGAAGAAAGAAGGUGACACGGUUUCUCCUGGUGAAGUACUCUGUGAAGUUGAAACUGACAAAGCAACUGUGGAGAUGGAAUGCAUGGAGGAGGGCUAUAUUGCUAAGAUAAUACAUGGUGAUGGCUCAAAAGAGAUAAGAGUUGGUGAGGUGAUUGCAAUAACUGUUGAAGAAGAGGAUGAUAUUGCCAAAUUCAAAGAUUACACACCUUCAAAAUCUAGUGAUGCUGAGGGAGUUAAAAAGUCGUCCAGUUCUACACCACCAAAAACAGAUGUCAUUGAAGAGCCUGGAAAAUCAUCCGACCCAAAGAUUUCUAAUCCUAGUGAAGCUCCUAUGGAAGAAGAUCGUAUUUUUGCCAGUCCUCUUGCAAGAAAAAUGGCAGAAGAUAACAAUAUACCUCUUUCAAGCAUCAAAGGGACAGGUCCUGAUGGUCGCAUUGUAAAGGCUGACAUAGAAGAUUACUUGGCGUCCAGCAGGAAGGGUGCUCCAUCACCAGUCUCCAAGACUAAGGAUACGACGGUAACAGGAACUUUAGACUACACUGACCUCCCACAUUCUCAGAUAAGAAAAGUCACAGCUUCGCGCUUACUACUCUCAAAACAAACUAUUCCUCAUUAUUACUUAACAGUAGACACCUGUGUUGACAAGCUGAUGGAUUUGCGCAGCCAACUUAAUUCUAUACAAGAAGCUUCGGGUGGGAAACGGAUAUCAGUUAAUGAUCUUGUUAUAAAGGCUGCAGCUUUGGCCCUUCGCAAAGUUCCUCAGUGCAAUAGUUCAUGGAACAAUGAGUACAUCCGCCAGUACCACAAUGUGAAUAUCAAUGUUGCUGUGCAGACGGAUAAUGGAUUGUUUGUCCCUGUUAUCAGGGGUGCUGACAAGAAAGGAUUGUCUAAAAUUGCCGAAGAAGUCAAGUAUUUGGCCCAAAAAGCCAAGGAGAACAGUUUGAAACCUGAGGACUAUGAGGGAGGCACAUUUACUGUAUCUAAUUUAGGAGGACCUUUUGGGAUCAAGCAGUUCUGUGCAAUCAUCAAUCCUCCACAAUCUGGAAUUCUUGCCGUAGGGUCAGCCGAGAGGAGGGUCAUACCUGGUUCUGGGCUCGAACAAUUCAAAUUUGCUUCCUUCAUGUCAGUUACACUAAGCUGUGAUCACCGUGUAAUUGAUGGUGCAAUCGGCGCAGAAUGGUUGAAAGCAUUCAAGGGCUACAUUGAGAAUCCAGAAUCCAUGUUGCUUUAAGUUGAUUGAUACUUAUCUUUUUCAGAGAAUUUUGUCGAUUAUUGAUCCAAACAAGGGACAUAAUCUGAUCCCAACGUAAGUUUGAAUCCAUUUGGCAUGGAUUCAAUCAGGAAGAAUAUUUCUUCCACCUAGCUUUCCUCAAUGAGAUAAGGUUUCAUAUCUUACAUGCAUUCGACAAAGGGGGAUGAGGCACUGGUAUUGAUGUCGAACCUUGAUAAACUGGUGUUUGCUGUAUAGAGUGUAAAAACCGGACAGCCCCUAGUUCUAAUAAAAAAAGUCACUUCCCCUGCUUCCUCUUGAUGACAAACAAGUGCCCUGCUAUUACCUUGAUUUAUCAAAGACAAUGUCAUUCGAUUUA